GGAUAGAGUGCAGUGCUAAAAGGCGGGGGCCGCCAGUCGAGCGCGACCGCGUGUAGGGCCAACGUCGAGGAGUCGUCGCCGGGACAUCAGAGAGACGCACCGAGGUGAUUAUUAAGAGGACCAUUGAAGCGGGACGCUUUCUUCCCCUCCUCGAUACUUCCGCCUUUUAGUGGCGUGUGCGCGCGUUCGACCAAAGGACGAGCAUAUAAAGCGUAUUCGUCCCGAUCGAAGAGGCCGCCGCUUACGAGAGCACCAAGGAAACGAGCGCGUGUACACAGUGGCAGGGAGGGCGGGCUAGGGCGCGACACACCGUGAGACGUGCCUCUCGGAGUACCGGCGUGCGCUUGUCCUAGGGCCGCGUUCGCCAACCGGUGGUAGUGGAGGCCACUGGACACCGGGGAGUCGUGAUCCGAGUUUCGGGGAGAGGCGUAGCAGACGACGCGUUCGGCAUUUGACGAGGCGGCAGACUUUGGAAGUUGUUGGUCAAGCGACUGUCGUAACGGCCAGCACGAUCACUGCGUGAUUUUCCUCCAAGGAGAGGUCGCUGAGGAGAACAAGCCCGGCCGCCUAUUAUCCUCCCGCCCCGCCCAAAUCCCCCUGUUUAUGCAUGCGAUCCUGCAGGUGACACGCGACUCGAGGAUUGAGGUGCGUCGGAACAGGCACAGUGACGGAGAGACGACAAUCGAGCCAGGAGAGCGAGAAAGACGGAAGGUGGAAAAAGGGCCAGGAGGUUAGGACGAACGAGCGGAAUCGAGACGACCGACUGAGCAGAUAUUGAAUCAAGAUGACGAGCAUAGUAGGAACAUUAGUUCAUGGCUACAGGGAUAUCAUGGACAAUAAGUCCGAUCCUCGUGUUCAAGAAUGGGCGAUGAUGAGCAGUCCUUUUCCGACGGUCGCCAUUUGUCUGUCUUAUGCCUAUUUCAGCAAAGUCCUCGGUCCGAGGAUCAUGGAGAACAGGAAGCCCUUCAACCUUCGGCAAAUCCUCAUUUUCUACAAUCUCGCACAGACUAUUUUCUCCACAUGGAUAUUUUACGAGUACUUGAUGAGUGGCUGGGCGAGGGGUUACAGCUUCAGAUGUCAACCAGUUGAUUAUUCUAAUAAUAUUUUAGCCAUUCGUAUGGCCGCAACCUGCUGGUGGUAUUACUUCAGCAAGUUCACCGAGUUUUUCGAUACGCUUUUCUUCAUUCUUCGCAAAAAAAAUCAACACGUUUCUACUCUUCACGUUAUUCAUCAUGGCAUAAUGCCCUUCUCCGUUUGGAUGGGCCUUAAGUUUGCGCCGGGCGGUCACUCAACUUUUUUCGCUCUGCUCAACACUUUCGUACACAUCGUUAUGUACUUUUAUUAUAUGAUUGCGGCAAUGGGCCCUGAAUACAAAAAGUACAUUUGGUGGAAGAAGUAUCUCACUACCUUCCAGAUGGUGCAAUUUGUAAUGAUAAUGACCCACCAGUUCCAGCUACUGUUUACCGAAUGUGAUUACCCGCGCACUUUCAUGAUCUGGAUUGGUCUCCAUGGUCUUCUCUUCCUCGGCCUCUUUUCCGACUUCUAUAAGGCCAAGUAUACGGGCAAGUCGGCGAGGUCGCGCACCAGCGGCAUCUCCAGCUCGGGUGAUACGGUCGAGCGAAACGGCAAUGCCGGUGCAUGUAUGCCCGUCCUCGAGGACGACGUCCACAAGCACAAGCAGAACGGGAUUUCGUCCUACGCGACGAUCUACAACAAGGAGUACAACAGUUGCUACAGUAACGGCACGAAUAACGGUUACGUGGCAAAUAACAAUGCGAGCGAGAAGAAGCUAGCCUAAUCGAGGGAUCAUGAGGACGACGACGACGACGACGACGACGACGACG